AUGCCUUCCACAAAGGCCAUCGCUGUCGCCGUCGCAGCCCUGGCUGCUUCAGGUGUUGGCGCAAGUAACUGCAAGCCUUCUCCCACGACCUCCACAGAGAUUACCGCAACAACUACAUCCGAAGCUUCAGCUACAACAUCUACCUGCGACAAUUACGAACUAAAAGCUGAAUCCGAGAUCGAAACAGAAGAACUGAAUUGCAAUGCCCGCGGAGCGUUUAAAGACGGCGACAGCUAUACUAUCCCAAGUUGGACGGUGUAUGAUUGCGCCACGAGUUGUUUCAACUAUGAACAGUUUGCGUGCGAAUUGAUCAACUUUACACCUGGAGAGGAACCAGGAAUACAGGGCUCUUGUACGCUUUAUCCUGACAACGAGGUUUUUCCCGCGCCGAGGGGAGGAAUACCUGGUUAUUAUGAUAAGAGGUGCUUCAGAUGCAGUCCCAGUGGUGGAGGUAGGGGCGGUAGGGGGGGAUCUCGAGGAGGAAGUCGACGAAGUUAUAGAGGACGUGUGUAG